AUGAUGAUUAGCUCUUCUUCUGUGCGUGUCGCGGCUGCUUUCUUCCUUGUCCUCCUCUUCCUCGUCAACGUCGUUCGCAGCGAGGAGUGCUCAAGAAAAUGCAUUGCGCAGAAUUGCGACACACUUUCUAUUCGGUACGGGAAGUACUGUGGGAUUGGACACUCUGGAUGUCCUGGUGAGGAGCCUUGUGAUGAUCUUGAUGCUUGUUGUAUGGUCCAUGACAGCUGCGUUGAGGCAAAUGGUAUGACUAACAUAAGCUGCCAUAAGAAGUUCAAGAAAUGCUUAAACAGGCUAAGCAAAUCGAUAAAACAAUCCAAAAACAAAAAGGUUGGCUUUUCCAAACAAUGCCCUUACUCGCAAGUCAUACCAACGAUGAAUCAAGGAAUGGAUAUAGGCAUCAUGUUCAGUCAACUAGGCAAUGAUAUGAAAACCGAGCUCUGA